AUGGCACCUUUAACCAUAGUUCAGGUUGAUUUAUUGAAUACAACAGUUGGACCACAACUUACACAAGAUGUAAAAUCAUAUGAAUUAGAGUCAUUGGAAAAGGACAUGAAAGAUGAACCUACAAGAAAAGAUCUAAUUUGGUCAGAUUUAUUAACACGAUCACCUAAUCAAUCAGUAAAUGACACCUAUCCAAUGCAUAUACAAACAGUAUUUCGUAUUGAUGGAAUUAUCUAUGAAUAUAACAUUGUUUAUUGUAUAUUUUCUUAA